GGUGGGGGCUUAAUUUAAAAUAAUAAAGCCCCUAUAACUAACACUGAACAACAAAACAACCAACAAACUUUCCCAAAUGGACACACAAUGGAGGGACAAAAAACUAUAUCCAGCAUUAGGCAUUUUCACCAUUCUUUCUCUUUUGUACUUGAACUUCAAUGACAACCUUAAUUUCUCCUUCCCAAAAAUCUUUCUAAGGCAACCAAAGAUGGGUUUUGUUGGAGUUAAUAAAACUCAAUUUGUGAUCAAGAAUGAGGACCCAAAGAAUCAGUCUUUAACAUUUCAAGAAUUGUAUAUUAAUGGGUGGAAUUCUUAUUGGUUAAUGGAGGAAAGUGUGUGGGAAUCUUCAAGGUAUAGAGUCUCUGAGAUGUUGAGAAGAGGUGCUGAAAUGGGCUUGAGUGUUUGUAGGACUUGGGCUUUUAGUGAUGGUGGUGGGCCCAAUGAUCUUCAGCUCCUACCUGGUGUCUUUAAUGAAAGAGUCUUUAAGGGAUUGGAUUAUGUUAUUGUCGAGGCAAGGAAGCAUAACAUUAGAUUAAUUCUGAGUCUUGUAAACAAUUUAAAUGCUUAUGGUGGCACUGCUCAAUAUGUGAGGUGGGCGCAAGAAGCUGGUACCAAUGUGUCUUCAUCAGGUGAUGCAUUCUUUACUAACCCAACUGUCAAAGCGUACUACAAGUCUUUUGUCAAGGCUGUUGUGACAAGAAAAAACUCCAUAAGUGGAGUAAAAUAUUCAGAAGAACCAGCCAUAUUUGCAUGGGAACUCAUAAAUGAACCACGUUGUGAAUCCAGUUCAUCAGCUGCUGCUCUGCAGGCGUGGAUAACUGAGAUGGCUGGAUUUGUCAAAAGUUUGGAUCAGAAGCAUCUCGUGACUGUUGGACUCGAGGGCUUUUAUGGUGUGGAAAAAACUGGAAGCUUUGGAGUGAACCCAGGAAAAUGGGCUGCAUCACUUGGAGUGGAUUUCAUUGAAAACUCCGCUAUUGACAACAUCGAUUUUACUUCCGUUCAUGCUUACCCCCACAGUUGGAUCCAAGGUAUAAAUCCAGAUGCGAAAGUGGAUUUUCUAUCUCAUUGGGUUGAUUCUCACAUUAGUGAAGCUGAAAAGAUCCUUAAAAAGCCAGUUCUUUUCACAGAAGUCGGGUUUCCCUCAAGUACGCAAAAGGAAGGAUUACAUGACAGAAAUAUUUAUCUGAAAAUAGUUUACGACAAGAUUUAUGAGUCAGCAAAGAAGAAGAAAGCUGGUGCAGGAGCCUUAGUUUGGCAGUUGUUGGUGGAAGGAAUGGAGCGAUAUGGUGACAAGUUCUCGUUUAUAGCGUGGAAGCAUCCCUCUACGUAUAAACUGAUAGUAGAGCAAUCUUGCAGGCUACUCUACAUCUUCUCAAGGCGUCUCGCAUAGAAAACUCAAUCGUAAAGAUCAUUGUUUGGCUAAUGCAUCUUAAAAAUGAUAGUUGAUUCAUCUCCUUGGGGAGACGGACAAACGAACGUUGAAAGUUACCUCUAGAAAUAGCCAGUCUUGAAUGAUUUGUUCUGACAUUGAUCAAUGGUAUGUAAAAGAAGCAACUCUGAGUAAGUGUUAGCUGGAGGAGUGCAACAAUCAGCUCAUUUUAUCAGGUACAUAAACUCAGGUUUCUGUUGAUGUAUAUUAUAUCUCGUUUUGUACAUAUUACAAUAGUUCUCACUACUCUUUCGUUUUAUAGUGCCGGGUCUAUUUACGGGUUAUUGCUAUUGUUUUCAUCUA